AUGAGUCUCUCAAAGCCUUCGGGCCCAAAAGGCCGUAAAUACUGGCUCGACAACCUCCGCGCCGUUAUGACAACAAUUGUCAUCAUCAAUCAUACAGGCGCAGCGUAUGGCGGUGGCGGCAAAGAGUCCCAUCCAGGAAGUUUCGCCAAAACAUCACCAAUUCUACUCCCAUAUGUCGCUUUUCACUACGCGUACGGCCUUGGUCAAUUCUUUUGGCUUUCGGGAAAUUUGACAGGCAAAUCGCUCGCCAAAGGCUCAUGGCAGGAGUUUGUCAAGAGUAAAUUAUUGAGACUGGGCCUGCCAGCGGUGUUUUACUCUAUUUUUCUGGAGCCAUUGAAGGGGAUCGCUGCAAAGCCUGGAAACCUGAGGGAGAACCUCAAAGACUAUUUGAAAGCUGUCAAGGAGUUUCAAGGAUGGAAGACUCCCGGUGCCGGGACGGUGUGGUACACCAUGACAUUGCUCGUCUUCGACCUUUGUGCUCUCCUUCUCACGCGAUGUCUUCGUCUUCUCAAGAGGGGAGGCAUCAAAUCUCCAGAGUUUCUGAGUCUGGCCAAGAUCUAUGGAGUCAUGUGUCGGUGGGGAUGGUUGGCGAUUGCUGGGACAAGAUUCCUGGUCGCCACCAAAUAUCCUCUAGGCUCCCAUCUUCCCGUCAUUAACGUCCAGCAUUAUUAUCUUCCUCAACACAUUUAUGGUUACGCACUGGGCUAUAUGGCUUCUGUUCUCGGCAAGUCGCGUAUGGCAAGCUUGUACGAGAAGCAGUCCGGCCCCCUUGGCAAGCUUUCCAUGGCCAAAGCUAGUGCUAUAUCGCUGGCCGCUAUACCUAUUGUUAUGCUGCCAAGCUUUCUUCGGGCUAGAAAAUCUGCAAAGAAAGAUGGAGAUAAUAACAAGGACGAAGAAGCAGAUAAGGGUGGGAUGAAGCUGGAUGGGUGGACCGCAGAUGCUGCACUCUUUGCCCUGUGGAACGAGUUCACCUUCGCAACCGUUGGUCCUGCUUUCAUGUCCCUCUGGGAGCACAACUACAACAAGCCCGGAACGCAGAGGCUUUGGUCUCCUCGGUAUGCCUACGCAGCCUAUUUGCUCCACUCGCCAAUCUCAUGGUUUGUGGGAAGAGGUUUACAUACCGCCAUGUGUAGAGGAGAGGAGAGGCCUGCUUGGAUGGACUCAGAAACGUGGCAGAACAUUGGACCUAUUAUCAUGACUGCAACUGCAGGAUACAUUGAGGUUGCUGCAUCCUUUGGAGCUGGCAUGCUCUUGAUUGACCAUGUACCUGGCGCUGGAUCAAUUCUGUAA